UUGAAAAAACAUGGCCGCUGUGUUAGGGAGGUGUGUGUUACAUUACUAGUGUUAGUCUGAUCAAGGAAAAAGACUAGGCUUGAUGGUGCGGAUGAUUAAGCCGAUCGCGGGGGUGGACGAGAUGAACGCGUUCGACAUUAUUCGUCCGUUUUAUUGAGUAUCCCUGUAAGAGAGAAGGGAGAAAAAAACUUCUUCGACGUUGUGUGUGUAUGUGUGUGUGUGUCUUGAACGGGGGCGGAUGUUUUGGGGAGCUUUUCACAAGAGUUCACGUCAUUUGGGCCUUCCCCACCUCUUUUGUACGUGUUUUGUGUGUGUGAUGUGUGUUGUCAAGAAGGCAGGAGGGUGAGGGUGUCAUAUUCAAACAGUGGCCUACUCACUUUCAAUUGUUCUUUUUGAAUCAGAAGUGCAGUUAAUGGGAUUCACCUCUCUGCAUCAGCUUGUUCUUGUCUGCAGUUCUUCGUGGGCCAAGUCUGCUACAUUCACUCUCUCCUCUCUACCCUGAGAAUCGGGGAGUGUCACUGUCUAGAAGACUUGCUCAGUUGGGGGUAGCAUUUUGUUACGGGAAUAAGUUUGCACAUUUUAUUGAACAAAAAUGGCUCACGGUUCCCCUAAUGUCAACUGUUCACUGGAUGAAAUAGACCUUAAUGCCCUCAAGGAUCCGGCUGGCAUUUUUGAGCUCAUCGAGGUUGUUGGAAAUGGAACCUAUGGCCAAGUGUACAAGGGGCGCCACACCAAGACGGGUCAACUGGCCGCCAUCAAAGUCAUGGACGUUACAGAGGACGAAGAAGAGGAAAUCAAAUUGGAGAUCAACGUCCUGAAAAAAUUUUCACACCACCGCAACAUUGCCACCUAUUUCGGUGCUUUUAUUAAGAAGAGUCCACCAGGCAAAGACGAUCAGCUCUGGCUGGUGAUGGAAUACUGCGGUGCCGGAUCAGUAACGGACCUGGUCAAAUCUACCAAGGGACAGAGCCUCAAGGAAGAAUGGAUCGCUUACAUCUGCCGAGAGAUCCUGCGCGGGCUGGCUCACUUGCACGCCAACAAGGUCAUCCAUCGUGACAUUAAGGGUCAGAAUGUCCUAUUAACAGACAAUGCCGAAGUGAAAUUAGUGGAUUUUGGUGUAAGUGCCCAGCUGGAUCGGACGAUUGGCCGCCGCAACACGUUCAUUGGGACGCCGUACUGGAUGGCGCCCGAAGUGAUUGCCUGCGAGCACAACUCUGAGGCGACUUACGACAAUCGAAGUGAUUUGUGGAGCCUGGGCAUCACGGCCCUCGAGAUGGCCGAAAGUCAGCCGCCGUUGUGCGACAUGCACCCGAUGCGCGCCCUCUUUCUGAUCCCGCGCAAUCCGCCGCCUCGCCUCAAGUCGAAGAAAUGGGCCAAAAAGUUCCAGAAUUUCAUUGAGACAGUGUUGGUCAAGGAUUAUCACCAGCGCCCUUACACAGAGCAUCUGCUCAAGCAUCCAUUCAUUCGCGACCAGCCGACCGAACGGCAAGUUCGCAUCCAGCUCAAGGACCACAUUGACAGGUGCAAGAAACACAAGCAGCAAAAAGAACGAGAAGAUUAUCGAUAUAGUGGUUCAGAGAAUGAGGAAGAGGAACACCCAGUGGCGGGCGAGCCGUCUUCCAUCAUUAACCAAGUUCAGGGUGGUGAUACUCUACGCCGCAAUUUCCAGCAGAUUCAGGAAGGUAAAACGCUGACGAGCCCGAGCCCCAAGGAUCCGCGAGAAGCUCGCGAGCGUGAAAGAGAGCGUGAACGCGUGGAAAGGGAACGAGAACGCGAGAGAGAACGUGAGCGUGAUCGUGAAAGAGAGAGAGACCGCGAGCGUGAAAGAGAGAGAGAGAUUCGCGAUCGCGAGAACCGCAACAGGGGAGGGGGCAAAGAGAGCAAACGCGAGAAAGAAGAAUUUAUCGAUCCCAGUCCACCGGCUAGGCCUCCACUCCCGCAGAGACUCAUCGUCGUUCCAGAUCCACCGCCACCUUCUCGGCCACUUCCUCUACCUCCAAAAGAAGAACGGAAACAGGCCACUCCUCCCGUUUCUUCGCAGCAACAACACCAUCACCGUCAGGGUCAUCACGGACAACAACCUCCUCAACAGCCGCCGAGGAAUUCGCAGCUUUUCAAGCAAGCCCAGGCUCGCAAACCAGAAGAGUUGGACGUGCUGGCUGCCCAUUUGAAUGAACUCGGACUGAGCGGCUCGCCGGCUGCUGCCGCUGGUCCGUCUUCUGCCGGUGCCCCGUCUCAUUCAGCUUAUCCAGUUGCGCCUAGCCGUUCAAACGGCAAUAAAGCGGCUCUGCCUGAGCCGGCGUCGCAGUUCGCGGCUGCAGCCGCAGCUCGUGAAGCUGCACGUGAAGCGUCUCGUGAAGCGGCACGCGAGGCAGCGCGGGGAGUUGCCCGUGAGGCUGCUACUGCUCGGGAAGCUGCGGUUGCUGCAGCGGCGGCAGCCGCCGCCGCCGCAGCUGCUGCUGCCCAGCACAGCGAUUCAGAUAACGAAGAAGAACCGGCUGUGCGUGGAACACGGAAUGAUGGGACCCUUCUUGCCAGCGAUCCACCGAAACCUCUGCCCAGCGAGCCAAGCGUCGCUGCAAUUAAAGAAGGAACGGCAAUGGGAGCUGGCGCUCCGAAUCGGCCGCUACCACCAACACCGGAUGAGGAUGCCAACGAACGGACGCUGAUCAUGAAGCGGAUGCUGAAGGACUGGGACUUUGCCCAGUUUUUUCCCAACUGGAACGCGGCGCCGGUAGCGACAGGGACGCGCAGCAGCGAAGAACCGGCGGAAGAAAAGAGUAGCAGCUCGAGCGGAAGCAGUUCCGGCCGUGGGGUAACGUCCUCUACGUCGGCGGCAACUCCCCCGCGCAUGCACCGACGCAACGAAUCGGAUUCAGCUCUUUCCAACGUCGCCAAAAAUGUCGAUCCGUUGUUCAGUUCGCGGAUGCCGUGGGUCGGUGGCCGUCACCGGAGUAUUAGAGAACCGACGCUAUCCAGCGACGAGUCUGUCAGUUUGACGGAGUUUAGUCGCAAAGCUUCGCAGCUGGAAUUACGGAGCAAACCGGGCGGCACUCUGACGGGCGAAUUUGCCCCGCCUCGUCGGGAGAAGACGGACAUUCUCGAUCUUCGCCGGCUUGAGCUCAAGAGGGAGCUGGAAGAGCGGAGACGAGCCAACGGAGAGACAGGCCGUCACAGCCAAUCAGAAGUCAACGGAUCAGCCGUGAUCAACUUGCCCACAUCUCGCCCGUCUCGACCUCCCCUAUUGAAAUCCACCUCCGAACCUUGCGCUCCCCUCGCUCUCUUCAGGGACCACCAACAGAACCGAGAUGAACGGCAUUCUGAAGCUCAUCGAAUGGACGCGUCAUCGUCAUCGGGAGUACAGCACCACAUGGGUACGCCCGGAUCUCGUUCCAGCACCGUUUUACCCGACCUGCUCUCUCAAGCAUCCACACCCAGCGGCCAUCGGCUAGACAAGUCUUCCAGCGAAGAGCAGUAUCGUCAAGCGUUGAAUAAAUCCACCCCACUUCAUCUCCAGCAGAAGCAGCGUUCGUUUUUGACGUUCGGCUUCGGUGCCAGUGGUGGCAAUAGCGCCGGCGGAUCGUCUACCGGCACCGAAAGGUCUUCGCUGGCCGUGGGCAUCGGUGGCGGUCCGCCGCGCCGAGAGUCCAACAUUAACGUCAAUGUGACACCGACGUCACACGAUGCCGUGCCGGACACGCCUGAAAUCCGCAAGUACAAGAAGCGAUUCAAUUCUGAAGUGCUCUGCGCUUCUUUAUGGGGAGUCAAUUUACUGAUUGGAACGGAGAAUGGCUUGAUGUUGCUGGACCGUAGCGGUCAAGGCAAAGUCUACCAGUUGAUAUCACGCCGGCGUUUCCAGCAAAUGGAAGUGCUCGAAGGUCAGAACAUCCUGGUGACGGUAUCUGGCAAGAAGAACCGCGUCCGCGUUUACUACCUCUCGUGGCUCAAGUCCAAGAUUCUACGCACCGAGGGCGUUGGCGAUCAGAACAUUGAGAAACGCAAUGGAUGGAUCAAUGUUGGUGACCUCCAAGGCUCUGUCCACUUUAAGAUCGUCAAAUACGAAAAGAUCAAAUUCCUCGUCAUAGCCCUGCGUGACAGUAUCGAGAUCUACGCUUGGGCGCCACGCCCUUAUCACAAAUUUAUGGCUUUCAAAUCUUUUGGAGACUUAGCUCAUCGUCCUCUCCUAGUCGAUUUGACUAUCGAAGAAGGAACCCGUCUCAAAGUCAUUUAUGGAUCGGCCGAAGGAUUUCAUGCCAUCGACUUGGAUCAAAGCUCAGUCUACGAUAUCUACAUCCCUAAACACAUUCAAAACGCAAUCACUCCACAUACGAUCGUGACGUUGCCCAACUCGAACGGCAUGCAAAUGCUUUUGUGCUAUGACAAUGAAGGUGUCUACGUCAACACAUCAGGGAAGAUGCUCAAGAACGUGGUGCUGCAGUGGGGCGAGAUGCCGACCAGCGUGGCCUUCAUCGGUAUCGGCGAGAUUAUGGGCUGGGGCAACAAGGCCAUUGAAAUUCGCAAUGUGGAAACUGGACACUUGGACGGUGUAUUCAUGCACAAGAAAGCCCAGAGGCUAAAAUUCCUCUGCGAACGUAACGACAAGGUGUUUUUCUCGUCAGCCAAAGGUGGUUCGACUUGGCAAAUCUACUUUAUGGUUCUCAACAAGCCCGGAAUGGCAAAUUGGUAAAACGGAGGAAGAAAGUACAGCGCGAGCAAAACAGAUGACAAAUGAAGUCGCAAUUCGGAAACAGUAGAUAAAAAGCAAUAGUAAUAACAUUUAGUACACAAGCUCAACAUUGAAAAGGUCGACAAACAAAUGGGGAGGAACAACAAAAUACCAAAACAGGGCACAUCCAAGGGAAUCGAUCAUGCUGUACUUACGCCACAUUUGAUACAACAUAAAUUUACUCAUCACGGGCCGUAAGAACAAUAUUUAAGUUCGUACAUUAGUAAAAGAAUUUGAAAAAACAAACAAACCAACAAAACAAACAAACAAAAAAAGGUGAAAAAGUCGUUUCUCAUCACGUAGACUUCAGUUGCCUUUUUUUUUAAAGGGAGGGGGUAAUCCAAAAAGAAUUAACUACCACUUUUUUGUUUGUUUAAUGGGGGUGAGGGAGGGCCUUGUAAAUAUUUCAUAUGCAUCUGAGAAAUGGGCAAAAAAAACAAACAAAAAAAAAAACCAAAAAAAAAAACGUAAGCCAGACAGAAAAUUUCCUUUCCUUUUCAGCAAGCUUUAAUUCUAAAAUAGAACCCGUAGAUCGACCAUACAUCCCUUAUUUUUGGUACUUUUUACACUCAAUCAGCUUCCUUAUCCUUUAUGGUUCCUUUCCUAUUCCUCUGAUCGUAUAUGUUGCUUUUUUCCGUUCAUUUCUUGUCGAUAAUAUACCCCUCCCCCUUCUCCCUUCCCCCUUUUGGUGUACGUGAACACACACAGACACGGGCAAUAGAUCCGGCUUUGAGAACCGAAAGAUUGUUUUAAAAGAAGUUUGGUGUGAAAGGUUGUGGGAAUCAUCUGCACUUUUAUUUUGUAUGUUUUGGAAUAUUAUCCCCGUAGCUUUUUUUUUUAUUGAAAAAUUGAAAGGCCUUUCAUAAUCGUCUACACACAUCAAAAGAUAAAAUUUUCCCUUUUUUUUUUACACAAAAAAAUAAAAAUAAAAAUAAAAAAAAAAAGAAAAGAAAUAAUAAUAAUUUUGUCCUCUGCCGCCGCGUUGUUUUUUUUUUUUUUUUAUAUUAUUUGGAAUAGAAAACCCUGUUUGUGCUGUGCUGUGUGUUUGUUUUGACGUACACGAUGUUCGUUGUGUAUGUGCGAUCAUUUAUCGUGUCUCUAUUUUUCAACGUCUUCAUGAAUUCCCUCCCAGGACACCUGGAAAACACAGGCGAUCCAGCAUCAUUCGUUUCCCCCUUUUGCUUCACAUCCUUCCGAUUCAAAUCGAUCCUCUCUUUUUCCUUGUUCCUUCCGCCCGCUCUCACUCAUCCAUUCUGCUGUUCUGUAUUCGCCACCAAUCCACAUUGAUGAUGAUGUGCACGAUUUUUAACCAAACUGGGGCUUCUCUGUUUCAUCAAAGAGUAAAAAACUGAAGCAAAAAAAAAAAAUUAAAAUAAAUAAAUGAAAAAUAAUACAGAGGUAACACAUUGA